AAGCCAAACUGUUAGAAGAAAGAAGAUAAGAAACGUUGCAAAUACAUCUUCUUAAGGAAAAUGGUUUCGUGCACAUGGUGACACCUCUGAUCAUUAAAAGGAUGAUAAAUAUAAAUGAUACAUAAAUGACAAUGGGCUGAAAUAUAUCAAACUAUAAAAUUCUUCAUUUUUAUAUACGGGAGAUACAGGAAAAUCAGCCAUGGCAACUGUGGAAGAAAAGAAAAGAGUUGGCGGCUCAAAGGUUUCGGCCAUUGCUAACAUCUUUCAAUCGAAGCCUCAAUUGGAUAAUUUAAGUCACAGAACAAAUAACGUACUGUCGGAUGGUUUCAAGGAACCGACUGUACCUUUGAAAGAAUCCCCUACCCAGGUUACCGUCGUUAGGACUGAAAGUCACGUGGCCCGUUUCAAUAAUGCGCGUGCACUUUUUGAAAAACUUGGAGAGGAAAAUAAACCGCAUAAACCGGUAGACAGGAUUACGAAACCUAGUAAUUUACAUGGUUUAAGAUCACGUUCUAGUUCCGCAAAUUCUGGAUCGGGUUGUACGUCUCCAGCUAGAUCACCUCGUCCACGAUCUCCGUCACCUCCGGGAGCUAGAGAUCACUUGAGUAAUUGGAGCGCGAGUGUACCGGCUUUAAACGCUGAAAGACAUUUUGAAAACGGUCAUAACCAUGGUUUAGAUAAUUUGUCGGAUAAACAUAAAUCGCGCGCUGCGCAGGGAAAAUUUGACAAAAACUAUGGCAAAGAAAAUCGUUUAGACGAUCGUCCGGAAAAACCGGAGAAACCUGAAAGAAGAUUAAAUUCGAAAGAAUUAAUUGAGAAACAAAAAAAUUGGACUAGUCACUUCUCCAAAACUAGACCAAGCAGAUAUAAUUCGGAUCCGAAUAGAUCGGUAGUUCAAACUUCUUUGAAUCAAACUGCGAAUAAAAUCAGUAUAGAAUCUUCCUCUGUAGGACAUAUACAGAGUACAGUAACUACUGAUAGCGAAGAGAAAAGAUCAACAGAUGUUUCUACUAAUUCGGCUACAAGGUCUGCCAGUUUCUGCUCUGCUAGAUCAUCGGUUAUAUCUCCACCGCCACCUCCGCCACCGACAAGAAAUUCUUCGAACGUAAGAAAAGAAAGACCGGCUAGUAUCGCGGCUGUAUCUCCAUCGGAUCUUCCUGGUAGUCCAGAAUAUGCUACGAUAAAUAAAUAUUUUGAUACUUCCCCGACUAUACCUGAAUACGCUGUUGUGCAAAAGAACGCGAAUGUACAAAACAAGCAUUUCCAAAGAAAUCCGGAACAACGAGACGUCGCCAAAUGCGCGGUUGUUCCUACAUCGGAAAAGGCACAAGACGCGAUUGUGCCGGAAUAUGCUGUGGUGCAAAAGAAUACUGCAGCCAAAGCGCUUUCGCGAAACGCGGAAGCAUCGAAAAAUACUUCGGCGCAACAUUCGAAAGGGUUAAAUAACAUUGAAAAUUCUGUCUUGUCUUCUAAAAGUACUCUCGCUAAUUCGAGCAUUGAUAUUUAUUCCCAAACAAAAUCGCACGUUUCUUACGAGAGAAAUUCCGAUAUAUCUAGUCCAACGAGGAGUAUGUCGAUAGAGAAUAUUCCUAGUAUUGCCGUGGAAAAUAAAACGAAGAAAAAUAACGAUUUACUCGACACUCCGGAGUAUUUAAAUUAUCCUUCGAAUAUCGUCCGUUCACCGCCUAAAACUUCCGAAUGGAGAAACGAAUGGUUAGCGAAGAAUGAUGAAAUUUUGAAAAAAGCAGCAGAUUUAAAAUGUUCUAGGGAAGAUAUAGAAACGAAAAGUGAAGUCGUUAGACCUGAUCCAAGACCGGAUUGGGCAAGACCGUGUAUAAAUACUGUGAGAAAGAAAGACAGUUUAAUGGAAGAAGGAAAAGAAGAACCAUCCAAAUCUCCAGAUCCGGAAUUAAGACCACCUUCUGGAGGUACGGAUAGUGCUUCUUCUAGUAUGAGCUCCCCUAGCUCCCCUUCCAAGGAUAGUAAGGAGGAGAAAGCAGAUAAGGAAAUGUCUGAAAAAUUUCAAGCGGGUCGUAACAGCUAUGAUUUGCAACCGGAAGAGCAAGAAAAACCUGCUAUAUAUACAGAAAAUAUUUCUGAGAAGGAUAGUUUGGACAAAAAUUCUAGAUUUAAUGAACCAGAUACGACCACGGUUAUUCGACGUUCUCACGUACGCGUUGAUCUUCAAGCAGCAGGUUUGGGACAACGACCACCGUCCGUGGUUAGUUCGGAUCAAGAAUACCCACCUUUAGAACAUAAGGAUAUACCGAUACCUUCGCCAUAUGUAAAGAAAAUGCAACAGAAUCAAGAGAUGCAAAAUAAUGAAAUUAUGUCUCGGUUGAAAACUAACGUAGAAGAAAAUGCGCCGAUGAAAACCGAUUCGAAAAGUUGCCAUACUAAGAUAUCUCAAGAUAGCAACCAAGAUCAUGUACGAGUAAAUUCAAUGAUUACAGAAAUAAAUCAAAAUGUAGUCUUAGAUAAUAAUAAGUCGAAGUCGAAUGUUGUAAACGAGAGGCAUAUAUUUACCGAAACUGUUUGUCAAAAGACAGUGUCUAAUGCCAGAAAUGAUCAAAUCAAGAUCUCUGUCCGAGAAAAGUUAGCGAAAAAUAAAGAGGAAGUAUCUGGGAAACGUUCGAGUUUCGGUGAAAUCGAGAACAAAAUUGACCAGACAGACAAAGCCGUACUAAACGCGAGUCAGUGCGCGAUACCAUCAAAUAUUCGUAGUACCGAGAAUUUGUCAGAAAAAUCUAUCAUUAAAGAAGUAGAAUCCGACGAAGCAAUGCAUUCGGAAAGUAUUUCUAAAUCGAUCUCGGCAACUACCAAUAGGAAGGAAUACAUAACAUUGGUAGGGGAUAUAGUAUCGUUAACAAAACCUAAUUCGCAAUCGAUUUGCAGUGCUUUGAAUAGAAGUAUAGAAGAGUCUGAUCAACCGCAAACAACAUGGGAGCAGGAAAAGCAGAAAGCUGAUCAAUUAGCAAAAUUAAGAUUGCAAGAAAGUGUUUCUGCGAACGCGGUUCAACAAAUGAUGGUAUCUCAAAGUGUGUCGCCAGCUAUCGUGCCUCAGCACGUGGAAAGAAAACAGUCAACUGAACAUGUUGUGUCUGAAAGUAGUGUUCACGAUGACAGUGAUUCUAGUGAUACUAGAACUAUUACCAAUUUCGAAGCUCCAGCGAUAGAUACGUCGAAUGUUGUCGAACAAAUUAAUUCUAAGACUGUAAUCGAGACUUCUUCCAAAACUGUUAUUGGUCAAACAAUUCCUGUAACGCCGGAUACUAUGACACCUGACGAAGCCGAAAAUCUGCUAAGUUCUCGCAUCCUAGAGAAAAAAAUAAGACAAGGAUCAGCUUUAUUGUCGGACGAGGAAGCACAAGAAAUAGCAAGACUACUAUCUCCUACUGCGCAUAACGAUGUUGUAAGUGAAGAAAAUUCUAUCGAUAAGAAUAAAGAUAUGGAGAAAGAGAGAGAAAGAGACGAUCAAGAUAAUACACCGGAUUGGCUUUCCGAUGUCCUGUCUGCUCCUGAUACCAGUCUUAUUAAUAGCACCACUAAUGAUUAUAGUUUGUCCCAUAGAUCACGUAGCGAUUUAACGAUAGACUCGUUGACGGAAAGUCAAGUGGGUUCUGUAACGGGUAGCGAAAGUGGUUUGCUUGGAUCUGUUAGUAGUUUAAACGAUACUCACGAAACUAACGACGAAACGGAGACCGAACAACAAGACGAGUACAUCCCUCCGACACCGGGCAAAGUUAUACUUGUAGAAAAUGGUGUACAUUAUUUCGAAGAUGGUCAUUUUUGGAUGGAAGUCGCCGGUAUACCUGAAUCAGAUGACGAGAAAGAAGAUUAUCCGAUAAGUAUGCCUGCGAAAAAAAUGACCAAAGUUUCGUUUGACACGGGACCAAUGAGAGUUUAUUCUACGCAUUCGGUAAACGAGUACGAUCGUCGGAAUGAGGAUGUAGAUCCUGUUGCUGCGAGUGCAGAGUAUGAACUUGAGAAACGAGUUGAAAAAAUGGAGGUGUUUCCAGUGGAACUUAUGAAAGGACCGGAAGGUCUUGGUUUAAGCAUAAUCGGAAUGGGUGUUGGAGCGGACGCCGGUCUUGAAAAAUUGGGCAUAUUUGUGAAAACUAUCACAGAGAAAGGUGCAGCUGCGCGAGAAGGCAGGAUACAAGUAAACGAUCAAAUCGUUGAAGUGGAUGGAAAAUCUUUAGUUGGCGUUACGCAAGCGUAUGCAGCCAGUGUUCUUCGUAAUACCUCGGGUCUUGUGCGUUUUGUGAUCGGCAGAGAACGCGAUCCGGAUUCAGAAGUAGCGAUGUUGAUUCGACAGAGUCUUCAAGCGGACAAAGAAAGAGAGCAACAAGCUAACUCUGCUAGAAAACUUAACUUUUCGGAUGCUUCGCCUGAUGGUCAACGAGGCAACGAAGAGGUUUCUGUUGGAAGUAUGGGUGCGAUACCAGGUUCACCGGCUAUGUCAUCGUGUUCGGAAGGGGAACCUCCGCAAAGCCCGAUAGAAAAUUAUUUAACUUCUGGUCGAAGUAGAUCUCCUAUUAUCAGUUCAUCGAUACCACCGCACGCAUCUGGUACUACGCAAAGCGACGUUGACAGCUUAAGACUACUUUUACAGGAGAGUCAGUAUAAACUAGCAUUAGCAGAUGGAGAGGUGGAAAAACUCAAAGCUAAGCUCGUAGAUUUGGAAAACAGUGGAGCCGGUAGUGAAGAAUAUGCGGCAAAAUUACGUGAAUCUGGAUUACGACUUCACGAGUCCGAAAGAACGUUAGGAGCUGCUAGACAAGAUUUAGCAGCGGCACGAGAAAUGCUUUCGCAAGCGACGACGCAAAACGCUGCUCUGCAACAGAAAUAUGCUCGAGCGAGAAGAGCAGCUCGCGAAUUACGAGCAGACAUUGCAGCUAGAGAUGAAUUUUAUCAACAAUUGUUGCAAGAAAAAGAUACAGAAUACAAUGCUCUUGUUAAAAGUUUAAAAGACAGGGUAAUCACGUUGGAAGUUGAAUUGACAGAAACACAAAGAAGGUUCGGAUUGCCAGUAAGAUUACCUUAUGAUGGAGCUACGGCUAGAAUAGUUACGCCGCAACUAAGUCGUCGGCAAUUACCUCCUCCCCCUUCAUCAACUAGCUGUCAACUUUCAGACACAGAGACGUCAGAUCUUAGUAGCCCAGAUGACGGAGAUAAAACGGCAACCGUGGAAAGAAAAUUACCAAUUCCGUUACCGGUCAAGGAGGAAUUAGAUCGAGCAGUACCUGCUCAUCGACUUCUUGAUAAUUCUGCUGGAAAAAGUAAGGCUGAACUUGCGAGUAGAGGGGGACUCGCAAAUCGGCAACUUCCUAAACGAUCCGGUGGCCUUAGUAAUAGUAGUUCUGACUAUGGUUUGGAUGAAUCAGGUGACAAUACCGACGAAGAUUCAUCUUCUAAACUACUUUCUCAAGAUGCAAGUAGUAGAUCGCCGAAUGACUUGACAUCGAAACAAUCAAAUUUGAGUUCCUAUUCUAGUAGUUCUUCGAUUAGUUCGCUAAAAAGUAAGCACAUGGAACCUGCUCAUCCAACGACGAUUCGACAACAUAGUACUAUUAGUUCGCAAGUUAGAGCGAUGACGGAACAGAGUUGGCCACAAUCUCAAAAAAACUUAACUGGACCGCCAGCAUCGUUAGCUGAACAGUUGAAACAAGUAUUAGCAGAGAGAGAAAGACGUCUUGGCGGAAACGAUAUGUCUUCGUCGAGGGAAAGUUCCGGAGAUUUUAGCGAUUUAAAUAAUCCGCAUGCCAGUGAUCCAGCUUUAGUUACUCAUCAUUUAGUGGAAGAAAUACGACAAGCUGUAAACGAGGCCAAUCAAAGAGUGAAAAAAGCUACUAUUCCUUCGUCAAAUUUAAUUGGUAGUGGUUCGACGCCUUGGCAUCAUCCAGGUAGUUCGCCUUCUAGUCUAUCUUCUGGUGGAUCAGUAAGCCCACCUGCAGUUGAUCCUAGUCCAUCUAAAACAGGUAUUUUAGAUACGAGCGAAGUUUGGAUGCCUCCUCAUCCAAGCGACUUUGGUUUAGGUGACAAGAAGUCUCACUUUUGGCAGAAUGCACCAGUUGCCGAUUGGUCCAAGGAACAAGUGUGUCAGUGGUUAUCAGGAAUCGGUUUGAAACAUUACGCGGCUCGUUUCUUGGAAACUGGAAUUAACGGUGGAAAUCUCUUACGACUCGAGUCUCGAGACCUGAAAGCUUUUGGUAUUUGUCGCGAAGAAAAAUCUCACUUGAAACGGAAAUUGAAGGAACUGAGAGCACAAGCAGACCGGGAACGUAAAGAGAGGAAAGAAAUAGAACGGAUGCGACGAAAAGCGGAGAAAGCUGCGCGGAAAAAAUAGUUCGUGCGUACAUUGAUGUACUUGUGUCCUCUAUAAAAUGCAAUAAUAUUGCACAAAAUGUCGGUAAUAUAUUGAAGUCUUAUGUACAAUAUUCCAGUGAUGAUCGCAACAUAUUUUCAAUUCUUCCAUCCGUAUUUAAUUCUUUGAUACCUAUUAACCGCUACAGAUUGCUAUAAGUGUUCUGUGUUCGUUGUCAAAAAUUUUAAACUUUCAUCAUUUAUAUUCAUUGUUAGAUUAUACAAUUCUGAUUUUCAUCGAUUUGCAUUUAUUUAUAAUAUUUGUGUAUUAAAUGUCGGUUCACUUAUCUAAAUAGUAUCGGUAUUAAUUAUUUAUAUAGCGACGAUGGAUACCAGUUGGUAAGAUGAAUCGUAUGAAUGCUAUUAUGUCAGACGUAUGUAUGUGAUAUAUAUGUAUAAAACUCAAGCCAUUUAGGUAAAUUAUAUGUAAUAAAACUUUGAUUAUUCUAGAUUUUUUUAAUAAUUGUAAGUAUACUUGAAGUAGAAACAUAAGUUUCGUCUUAUUACACGUUAUUUCUGUAUUUAUUUUUAUCACCAAUUUUAUCGUGUAAUAAUAAGUUUUCAUGAAUAAUUUGAAACGCUAGUAUAGUAGAGAUUUACUCUAACUAUUACCGAGAAAUGUGACUGUCCUCUACUAUGUAAAUCAUGAACUUAUCAACGAAUUUGUGACUGUCGAUACACGGUGUGCGUUAUAAAUUUUAUUGUAGAUCGAUCAAAUUACGUAAUAGCUGUAUCCUUGUAUGUAUUUAUUUGGUUAUCUAAAUUCGCUUAGUCCGCAGUUUUCGUCACUAGUAAACAAUUACCUUCUUUAAUCGAUAUCCAAUAAAGUAUUAACGUAUUUCUAUUAUACUAUCGUCUUGAUGUUUGUAUCGAUCAAUUUUUCUUCCUUGAAUUGUACGAAAUUUAUGUUGUUAUAUUAAUUCACGACCAAUCGCUAGAAAUCCGCACAAUGUCGAUUUUAUUGCGACGAUAACUUUUAAAUUAUUGUGAUGAAUUUUGUUUUUAGUAUUUUCUAUGCAUUUCAGACAUUCCAUGUGAUUUUAUAAUUAUCUAUCUUUGUUAAGCGUACGAAUAGAAAAAUAUUAUAAAGACCUUCAAAUGUUUAGGCGAAGUCCCGAUUGUAUGUAAGUGAGUAUCACGUACAGAUACAUUGUGCAUUGAACAAUGUAUAUUAAAUACAAAAUUAGUAUAUUAAGGAAAACUCGUUUUUAAACAUGAUUACGGGACUCGCUUAAGGUACGGUGUAGACAAAUGUACCUUAUUGUGCGUACACUUAUUUAUAAUAGCAUUAUAAAGAUUUUGUACGAUGUUAAGUACUUUGUGCUUCCUUUGUAACUGUCCUUUCUUUUAAGUGUACAACGUGUUUUUCUUGUCGAUGAAAAACAAGCUUUCUUUUAUAUAGAGUAAUUAAAGUAGCAAAGUAUUUAGCAUUGAUACAGAUUGUACAUAUUAUUAUUAUUUCUUUAUUAUUAUUAUUAUUACUAUUAUUAUUAAUAUUAUUAUUAUUAUUACUAUUGCUAGUAUUGUAUAAUCUACGUAAAACGAUUAUGACGUAAGAGGCGUGUAAGAGGCAUAACUGUAGUGUCAUAAUAUCUUUAUAGCAGAUAGAUUUUAAUUUCAGUGUUUUUUUUUUUUUUUUUUAAUUUAAGCGUUUAUCAGAAGUCCUCCAUUGUUUUAAUAAUAUGAUGUAUCAGAAUAUCUUGGAAGCAAUCGAUUAUUAUUAUUUUUGUUGUUACGUACAACGAAAUACGGUAACCGAUCAAAAAAAAAAAAAACACGAUGUAACAUUCUUACGUCUCAGGGUAAUCACCGAUGUUUUAGGAUGUACGUGUGUUCAAUGAAUGAAAAUUUUUACGAAUUGGAACGUCUUACAAUUCGUUUCUAAAUGACUAUUGUAAUUUCAUAGGAGCAGACGUUUGAUAAAAAAACCGACUGAUUUACGAUAAGUUUUUGUAGUUGAUUUUUUAAAAAAAAAGAACGACAUAAAUAUGCGACUCAUGAAAGGUGAAAUUAUAUUAACGAGACUCGUAUGCCAUUGUGGGCUGCAUAUAGUGUUCCAAAUGUUUCCGAUCGUUUUAAAAGUAUUGCUCACAAGAAAGAGAUCCAAAAAUUAAUAGUUCCAUGGAUAAAGACAAAGAAUGUCACAAUUGCAUAAACGAUAGGUUUUUAACAAUGUCUAUAAAAAGUAUUGUCAACAAAUACUCCUAAACGUUUUAAUUAAAAACAAUUCAUACAAUA